UCAUCAUCAUCACCAACAGCGGCAGCCGCGGUUCACAGAUAUACCCAUUACUCUUCUUACGGGCAAUUUGACGGGUCUUUGAAUGACACGUCCGUCUUCAAGCUAGUCUCAAGCAUUCAACUAAGUAGUGGAGGAAACGAAAAACGCCUAUCCACUCCGUGCUACGGCUGCAUGUAGUCAUCGAUGACCAUUACCCUUCCUAGUCUUCGUUCCGACAAUGGUGGGGACCAGGUUCUGCAAAACUCCAUUUUGGGACAACGAUGUUACGUGGAAUACGGAAGACCCUCAGUUAACCCAAUGCUUCGAGGACACAGUCUUAACGUGGAUUCCAGCCGCCGUACUGGUAUUUUUCUUGCCUGUCAAAAUUGCCGCAAUCAUGGAGCCGAAGGAACGGCCUAGUCCACGUACGUUGCUGCUGUGGGCCAAAGGGGUUGUGUUGGUGUGUCUCACUAUCGUCUUCUCUGCAAGUGUUAUCUUGUGUGCCCUGGCUGGCGAAUCCCAGGCUGAACUAUCAGCGGCCAUUGUCAACACCGCAUGCACUGUGAUAAUUCUACUGAUACAGGCUGUGGAGCACAGGAGAGGACAUAGGACAUCUAGUGUUCAUUGCAUUUUUUGGGUCAUCAAUGUUGUCUGCAGUUUCCCAUCCUUUUACCGAGUACUCAGAGGUGCCUUUGAUCACGGUUACUACGGCGCUCCGUCGCGGCACCGGUUUAUAAGUAACAUGUUGGCAUUUCCUUUAAUUUGCGUUCUCUUCGUCUUCUACUCCUUCUCGGAGCAUCGGCAAGACGAUGAUGAAAAAGUGUGUCCGCUUGACGAAGCGUCGCCAGUGUCCGCGGUUACAUUCGAAUGGUUUACGCCGCUGAUUUUUGCUGGAUACCGCAAGUCGCUUACCCUCCCAGACCUGUACCCUAUAUCAAAGGAACUCAAGACGACAAGUAAUUAUAAAAGGUGGAGGCAAAAGAAUAAGCAUUUCCGAGGCUCUGGUCUCGUGAGGACUAUGAUACGGACGUACUGGUCAACGUUUGUCAUCGCCGUGUUUAUGGAAGUUCUGUUUGCUGCAUUUAGGACUCUACCACCUGUAUUUCUAACUCUUAUUAUACGGCACGUGUCUACCGACGAACAGAAAUGGAAGGGCUACCUCUAUGCAGUAUCGAUCGCCCUGGCGUCCAAGACGUCCAUGAUGAUUCGACGUCACUGCGACUUCCACUUCGUCCUUCUCGGACUUCAAGUCAAAGGUGUGUUAUGUGCUGCCAUUUACUCCAAGACGCUCAAGAUAGCUAGCGCUUCGUUAAACAGAUACACGGCAGGCGAAAUUAUCAACCUUAUCACUGUAGAUGCUGACAAGGUAUACCAGUUGUGUCUGUUCAUGAACCUCGGUACUUCAGCCAUCUGCAUGACUUUCUUCGUCACGCUCUGGUUGUGGUAUUUCCUAGGUUCGUCUGCAUUCACUGGUCUCGCUAUCCUCUUGAUCGUUCUGCCGCUCACGCUGAUCAUUGCAAGAACUUGCGACUCCCUGCAACAAAAGCUAAUGCGCCUCAAAGACACUAGACUUCUGCACACAAGCGAAGCGCUGGGCAAUAUUCGCAUCCUUAAGUUUUACGCGUGGGAAAUUCCGUUCAUGAAUCGAAUCCUGGAUACUCGGGACAAAGAAGUGUCAACCCUACGCUCGUUCGCAGUGUUGUCUGCGUCGAUGCGUCUGUGUUGGUUCACCGCGCCCUUCUUACAAUCCCUCUGCGUCUUUAUGGUCUACAUGUUCACGAACAAGAUAAUGACCCUCGAUGCGGCGACAGCGUUCAUUUGCGUAACGCUCUUUAACAUGCUGCGUAUGGCGCUCGCCGCGUGUCCUGACGUCAUCAGAGGCAUUAUUCAGACUUCUGUCGCUUUUAAAAGAAUCGCUGCUUUUUUAAGAGCAGAGGAGAAAGACGUGGCAUCCAUAGGAAUAGAUACUGGUGAAAAUAAUUGUAUCAAACUCGAAAACGCCUCAUUUUCCUGGCACGAAAGUAGGAACGAGCCUACAACCCUGAAGGACAUUCAUCUGACCGUUGAGAAAGGACAGCUGAUCGGCGUAUUUGGCCUGGUGGGUAGCGGCAAGUCGUCCUUGCUCAAUGCUUUACUGGGAGAAAUGAAAUUGACAGAGGGAAUUAUCAAUGUAAGCGGCACGAUUGCUUACGUACCUCAGAGAGCUUGGAUCAUUCACGGAACUAUACGAUCCAACAUAACGUUUAUGAAACCGUACGAAAGGCACCGUUAUCGUCGAAUUACUGACAAGUGCUGUCUGCAAAACGACUUCGAUAUAAUGAUGGAUAAAGACAAAACCGAAAUCGGCGAAAAGGGAGUGAACCUAAGCGGCGGUCAGAAGCAAAGGAUCAGUCUUGCACGUGCUGUCUACCUGGACAAAGACAUCUACUUGCUCGAUGACCCCCUGAGUGCUGUGGACGCCCAGGUCAGCGCUGCCAUCUUCAAUAAAGUUAUUGGCCCAAAAGGGAUAUUGCAAGACAAGACAAGAAUCUUCAUCACAAAUAAUAUCAAGUUACUCGCUUAUGUUGACAAAAUUGUGUUUCUGCAAGACGGGCGCAUAGUCGACAUCGGCACAUACAACGAACUUAUUCUGAAAGGUGGCGACUUCGCCCAUGUUGUCCAAGAGUACGGUAACGUGCCCACAGAUGUGGAUGAGCGUUAUGAUUCUAGCCAGGCUGCUGCCGUGGAAAGCGUUGAAGGAAGCACGUCAUUCUCGGCGAGUGCCCUGACGCGUGCCCAGGCCCUUGUCGUUGAUGAAGCCAUUCAAGUCGGAUCGAUUAAAAAAGAAGUCUACAUCAAUUACAUUAAGAAUGUGGGUGUCAUUAUCUUCACGGUGCCUUUCUUAGGCUACACAGGAUGCCGCGCCCUUGACGUGGGGGGAGGGCUGUGGUUAAGUCGUUGGAGUAAGGACGCCUUGUUGCCAGCAGCAGAACAAACGUCGGCGCUUCGAACGUUCAGGCUGGUCAUCUACGCAGUUAUUGGAUCUUGCAUGGGCCUUUUCGCCUUUACAGGCACAUCAAUGUUGUCUAUGUGUGGCAUCAAAGCUGCCAGAAAUCUUCACGAAAAGAUGAUUAGGCGUUUAUUCGAAGCACAGAUGGCGUUCUUCGACUCCACCCCGCUCGGUCGUAUCUUGAACCGUGCCGGCAAGGACGUGGACUUGUUAGAUAUUCAGCUUCCCCUCCUGGCUAACUUGUUCUUCGAGCUUCUUUUCCAAAUUCUCGCAAUGGCCGUUGUCUUGACAUUCAUGUUUCCUCUGUUCUUGGUUGCCGCAAUUCCACUGGCCGUCUUGUACUUUGUCAUGCAGAGGGUAUACCUCAAGACACUUCGUCAGCUCAAACGCAUAGAAGCCGUGACGCGUUCUCCUGUUGUGAAUACCUUUGCUGAGACGUUAGACGGCUUAAGCAGCGUCCGAAGCUACAGUGCCGAAGAGAUCUUCACAGACCGCUUCCACAAUGACUUGGACACGACACAAAAUUGCACCUUCCUUUUGUUGGUGGCGAAAUUGUGGCUCAUAAGUCGUUUGGAUUUGAUCGGUUGCACAUUAGCAGUUAUUGUCGGGUGUCUCAUUGUGUCUUGGCGCGGCGACAUAUCUCCAGGAACGGCCGGCUUCCUCAUGUCGUACAUGGUGACUUCGAUGUACGCUUUGAAUAACUUGGUCCAUUACGGAGCGGAAUCUGAAGCGGCCAUAGUCUCCUCUGAACGGGUGGAGGAAUAUACGCAGGUUCCAAUCGAAGCACCAAGACGUAUCUUACCCCCACCGCCGAAAGACUGGCCCGAUAAAGGAGCUGUGUGUUUUGUCGACUAUUGCGCACGAUACAGACCAGGGCUGAGACUUUGCAUCAAGGACGUCAACCUCGACGUAAAACCUGCAGAGAAGGUCGGCAUCGUCGGCCGCACGGGGGCGGGAAAGUCAACACUGACGACAUCUCUGUUCCGCAUUCUGGAGCCAUGCAGCGGAAAAGUCAUCGUCGACAAUAUAGACAUAUCGACGAUUGGAUUACAUGACCUGCGGUCCAAACUGACCAUUAUUCCCCAAGAUGCGGUACUGUUCAGUGGAGAUCUCAGAUUAAACCUGGACCCCUUGAAAGAACAUGAUGACACUAGAAUCAUGGCGGUCCUGGAGAUUGCAAACUUGAGCCACAAGUUUCCAGAGGGCCUUACCGGAACCACAAUCUCCGAAGGAGGCCAGAACAUCAGCUACGGACAGAGACAGCUCCUGUGCCUCGCACGCGCGGUACUCAAGCAUUCCAAGGUCCUGAUCCUGGACGAAGCCACGGCAGCGUUGGACAUGGAAACUGACGCCCUUAUGCAACGCACGAUCCGCACCGAAUUUGCCACCAGCACUGUGCUCACAAUUGCGCAUAGAUUGCACACCAUUUUAGACGCGGAUAGAGUUAUCGUCAUGGCGGAUGGUGAGAUUGUCGAAAUGGGUCCACCGGGAGAUUUGCUGAAGGACGAGUUGUCCAAGUUUUACGCCAUGGCUAAGGAGGCAGGAAUCGUAUGAUCUCCCUCGAUGUCCCAUUUAGCUUGCAAAGGUUAUGCCGCUCCCGUGCAAAAUGUCAUGCUCUUAUUAUAGAUGAACGCGAUAAGAUAACCGGAAACCGUACUGUAUACGGUGUGAAUGCUGCAACGUCAAUGAGAAAAUUUGGUGAAGACACGCUGAAAUACACUUUUACUGCACUAUCACCUGGCUUUUUUCUCUUUCUGUCCUUUUACUAUUCGGUGUGACGUGAAAUAAAGAGAAUGAUGCAAUGAAGAA